AUGAACCAAACAGGAAUAAGCCAGCUAGGCACAAGCUUACUUAACAUGAACCAAUUAGUUGGGAACCAACCAAAAACAAGCCUACAUGAUGUGAACCAACCAGGCGGGAAAAAAUCAAGUUUCAGCCAACCAGGCGUGAAGUUAUCACACAUGAAUUUACUAAACACAAAUCAACCAGACAUGUGGCAACCAAGCAUGAGCCCAACAUGUAUGAGGCAACCAGGCCCAAGACAACUAGGCAUGAAUCUACUGGAUAUAAACCAACCAAGCAUGAAACAACCAGGAAUGUGGCAACCAAGCACAUGCCAACCAUGUAUUAGAGAACCAGGCCCAAGCCAACCAGGCAUGAAUCUAUUUGACACAAACCAACCAGGCAUGAUGCAACGAAGCAUGAGUCAACCAGGUAUGAGAGAACCAGGCCCAAGCCAACCAGGUAUGAAUCUACUGGACACAAACCAAUCAGGCAUGAGACAACCAGCCAUGUUACAAUCAAGCAUGAGUCAACCAGGUAUGAGAGAACCAGUCCCAAGACAACUAGGCAUAUUGCAAAGAAACAUAAGCCAACCAGGUGUGAGAGAACCAGGCCCAAGUCAACCAGGCAUGAAUCUACUGGACACAAACCAACCAGGCAUGUUGCAAUCAAGCAUGAGCCAACAAGGUAUGAGAGACCCAGCCCUAAGACCACUAAGCCUGUUGCAACGAAGCAUAAGCCAACCAGGUGUGAGAGAACCAGACCCAAGCCAACCAGGCAUGAAUCUAUUGGACAUAAACCAAUCAGGCAUGAAACAACCAGCCAUCUUUCAUCCAAGCUUGAGUCAACCAGGUAGGAGGCAAACAGGCCCAAAUCAACCAGGAAUGAAUCUACUGGACACAAUCCAACCAGGCCUGAAACAAGCAGGCGUGUGGCAACCAGGCAUGAACCAACCAGGUAUGAAUCUACUGGACAAAAAUCAACCAGGCAUGUGGCAACCAGGCAUGAAGCAAGCAGACACCAGGCAACUAUUCCAGGACCAACGAAGCACGUGGCAACCAGAUAUAAGCCAACAAUUCCCAAGCCAACCAGUCAUGAACCAAACAGGCACAUGGCAACCAUACAAAAGCCAACCAGGCACCAGCCAAUCAGGAAUAAGCCAACCAGAUAUGAGCCAACCAGGCAUGAGCUUUUCAGGCAUAAGCCAACCAGGCAGGAGCCAACAAAUUUCCAGUCAACCAGGGCCAGUCCAAUUAGUCAGGAAUCAAUCAGGCAGGAUCCAGUCAGGUAUGAGCAAAUUCGAAAAGGCUAAAUCACCCACAAGGAAAUCAAGCAUGAAUUCUUUCCGAAUAAGACCUGCAGAGGCUCGAGACUGCCCAGAAAUUCUGCGGCUGAUUAAAGAAUUGGCUGCCUGUGAAAAUAUGUUAGAUGCAGUGAAGUUAACAGCAAUGGAUUUACUGAGAGAUGGCUUUGGGGAGAAUCCCCUUUUCUACUGUCUGAUUGCUGAAGUAAAAAAUCAUCAAAAACCAUCAGGAAAAAUGGCCGUUGGAUUUGCCAUGUACUACUUCACGUACGACCCCUGGAUUGGCAAGUUACUUUACCUAGAGGAUUUUUAUGUCAUCCAAGAAUACCGAGGCCUAGGUAUUGGAGCUCAAAUGCUAAAGAGGCUAAGUCAGAUAGCCAUCAUGAGUCAAUGUAACUGCAUGCACUUUCUUGUUGUCAUUUGGAACCAAGCUUCUAUUGAGUACUACACAAGUCGAGGGGCAUUAGACCUUUCCUCUGAGGAGGGGUGGCAUUUGUUCAGGUUUAACAGAGAAGAACUCAUGGACAUGGCAGAGGAAGAAUGA